AUGAUCUCCAGGAUGGAACAAGGGGAAAUGCUGUGGGUCCCGGAUCACCGGGGCUUCAAGGAGAGGGAGAUCUUGAGAGCCAGUGAUGGCAUGAUGAGAAAGUACGAGGAGGAGAAUUCCCAACAGGAAGGUCCUGAGCAAGUGGAACAACACUGGACAUUACUGGAAAGAUCUCAAGGGAAUGUGUCCUCGAGUCCCAAGCAGGAAGCAGCUUGUGAGAAUGAGCACAGGCCAGAGAACCAUCAGGACCUCACUGAACAUCAGAGAGUCCACAUAGGAGAGAAAUCCUAUAAAUGUCCCGACUGCGGGAGAAGCUUCAGUGUGAACUCAGCCCUCAUUCGACAUCAGAGUGUGCACACAGGAGAGAAACCUUAUAAAUGCCCUGACUGUGAGAAAAGCUUCAAUGUGAGUUCAUCGCUUAAUACACAUCGGAGAAUCCAUACGGACGAGAGACCCUAUAGAUGCCCUGACUGCAGGAAAACCUUCAAGGAGAGAUCAAGCCUUAUUAACCAUGAGAGAAUCCAUACAGGAGAGAGACCCUCUAAAUGCCCAGACUGUGGGAAAAGCUUCAACCAGAUCUCAGUCCUUCUUCUACAUCAGAGACUCCACACAGAAGAGAGACCCUAUAAAUGCCCUGAUUGUGGGAAAAACUUCCAUGUGAGCUCAGCCCUCAUUAGACAUUGGAGAAUUCACACAGGUGAGAAACCCUAUAAAUGCCUUGAAUGUGGGAAAAGCUUCAAUGUGAUUUCAUCCCUUUGUACACAUCGGAAAAUUCACGUGGGAGAGAAACCAUAUAAAUGCCCUGACUGUGGGAAAAUCUUCAAUAUUAGUUCGUCCCUUAUCACACAUCAAAGAAUCCAUACAGAAGAGAGACCCUAUAAAUGCUCCAGCUGUGGGAAAAUCUUCAAUAUUAGCUCAUCCCUGAUUAGACAACAGAGAACGCACACAGAAGAGAGACCCUAUAAAUGCACCAACUGUGGGAAAAGCUUCACUCAGAGCUCAUACCUUAUUAAACAUCAGAGAAUCCACAUAGCAGAGACACCUAUAAAUGCCCCAGUCAGUAGCCAUAGUAAAAAUAAGCCAUUUCCUGAUUUUCCUCCUACAUCAGUGACAUUUGGUUCCCAAGUGUCUGGCUUCCCCUCUCUCUGGGUUGAGGAUACAGCAGCAGACAAACCUGAACUGAUGAGUGACUCUGGUUCUGUCUGUCUAGCACACCCCAGGCAGAGCAGAAUACCUAAUCCACUUUGUCUCAUUGCUGCAGCCCCAGCAGCUGAGCGGAUGUGCCUCUCCGCCUUCUACCUGAUGGGCAAAGGAAGAGACGAGAACUCCCCUGGAAAUUCCCUCUCUCCUUCCCUGCCCUUUCGUGGAGAUUAGCAGAAGAAAACUUGGGCCCCGUAUUCACUCUAGAGACCUGUCUCCAUCUCUCUUCUUCCACCAGCCCAUGGGCUGGGCUCCCACACUUAACUGGAGUUGUUCCCUGCUGUGGGGUGUCCCUGAGGGCUGGUAACCCCUUCUCUCCCCAAAUCCCCCAGGGUGCUUGGUUCUCAGGGGAUCAGAUGUUAACAGACCAGGAGGGAUGGAUGAUGGGAAGGGAAUGGAGGAGUUUAAUGUUUGGGGCUGAUAGAGAUGGGAACCAGAAGCAGUCAGAUGCAGGGUGUUGGGGUAUCCAGUGUGUGGGGAUCAUGGAAUAAGAAGGGUGGGAAGGGAUGGGCUUAGGAAGGUACUUCUCCUAUAAUUCAGCCCCUCUGCCCCUUUCCCUGUCCUUUCAUUAUUAAGAAAGCAUCAUUGAGAGGGACACAAGAACUAGGGGUCACCAAAUGAAAUGAAUAGGCAGCAGGUUUAAAACAAACAAAAGGAAGUAUUUCUUCACACAACGCACAGUCAGUCUGUGGAACUCUUUUCCAGCAGAUGUU